GUGAAAUUGUCAAAGAAAACGGAAAGUCAAAAAAAAGAACUGAAAGAGAAACGCAAAGAUUGCGUAUAUGUGUUAGUUAAUUUUAUAAGGAAUUGUAAUUUUCAGCUUAACAUUUUAUAAUUAAACCUUAAAAAAGUAACUACUUAAUUUCAUAACAUUGUUAACGCAAAAUCAACAUGUGAACUAUAAAAAGUUUUAAAUUGUUUCCAUAAAAAUAUUACCUCUUGGUUUUAUAACAUAAAAGAAGAAAAAAACUGACAGCAUAAGUUAACAGUGUGUGCGUUUGCAGUUUUUUUUUUGGUUUGCGUCUGUGAAAAAAUAGAAAAAAAUUAACGCGUGCCUCCAGCCGCUACGUGGGACUUUAUUUUUUUGCCAAAAAUUUUAAAUUUAUAAUUUUUUAUAUUUUCCCUAAAAAAAUUCGCCUACAAAGGCAGUUGUUAAAUAAAAAGAAAAGGCUACUGACUGCAAUUUUUAUGAUUAAAGGCCUAAAAAGGCCGAAAAAAUUAAGUAUAAAAAUUCACAAUAAUCUAUAGUAUAAAAAUCCAGCAACAACGUGUUUUCACCUUUGUGCUGUCUAUCCAGCUUAGCAGCAGCUGCUGCCGUAUAAGUCUGAAAUAAAAAAAAAAAAACAAAAAUGUCGGCCGAUUCAAAGUCUCAACCAUCUAAUCAACCUCCCUUGUCCCAAUUAUGGCCGGGGUUUGGUUCUACUUCCUCCGAACUUAACAAUCCUAUGGAGCAACUUCAUCCCCAACAGUCAGCUCCCACAUCCUUGUCUAUGGAGGAUCAAUUUGCCAAAGUAGAGGGAAAUCAAAAUUCCAAUUAUGAGGAUGUUUUUAGUUUUAUUCAUAAUAUCGGAAGUUUGAAUAAUAAUAAUCACAACAAAGGUAACAACAAUAAUGGCAACAAAAAUUCGAAUCAUCAGCAACAAACACAACAACUGAAACAACAACAAUAUAAUGUAAGUUUGUGAAUAAUUUGUGUAUUU